GGAUAACAACCUUCAUUCACGCACCGUCCGUCAUCCCAUCCCAUGCACAAGUCACCGGCCGCCAUCACAUCAGCCGAGGGCAUGCAGAUCGAUCCGCUCGCCGCAACACACAGGCAAGCAGACAAACCAUCCAUCAACCCAUCCGUGUGUCCAUGGAUGCGGCAAUAAAACGAUACAUGAAAUGACUGUAGUGGAACAGCGAAUAACACACAAAGACACACCCCUCCCCGCAACCAUGGCCGGCCCUCCACCCCUGACUCCCGCCCCAUGUCGAGACGCCUUCGUCCGGUAUUCUCACGUGUCGGUUGGCAAAUCGGAUUGCUCCGCACGAGGCAGAUGUCACCUCGGCGGAGCACCUCAAACUUUGGAUUUUUUCCUGAUGGUCCGCGCACACAUUCAAACCCAGUGAGUGUCCACUACUCACUGCAGCUCGCUCAUUGUGUCAGAGGGGUCCUUACGUCGCUGCGGCAUCCGUCCCUUCAUCCGCACGACAAAGGGAUCCUCCUCCCUCUCCCCUCUGCACACACACACACACACACACACACACGUGUCGUGUGCAGACACAAAAGUGGUCUCGUGAGCGCGUACCUGCCUGGAUACACAUCCACGAUGCGCUGUGUGUCGUCUCCAUCACAGUCCAGCAGCACCACCUCAGCUCGGCUCGUCCACCGCCCGUAGUUGUUGAAGAUGAAGUCCUUCACGUCACCCAGGGUGGCGAAGGGCGUGCUGGGGGGCAUACUCAGUCCCAUUGGGGGUGUUCUGGCACCAUCGUCAUAAGCGAACUGGAAGAACCGAUACGUCCGGGGAUAGUCAUCUUCAAACACCGCCAACUCCACCGGACCAGACGUCCGACCACUCUGGAUCUGGCUGUCACCGCUGCUCUGCAUCUGCUCACCGCUCCCGCAGCACGAGUUGAAGAUCCACAUCCACAUCGCUCGAAGCUCCGCUAACAGACAGUCAGAGAUGCGCCGCAAAACAACUCCAUGGAUUUGGAAUGGAUGAACGAUGGCGAAGGCUACCUCCUCGUCGACGGAGCGAUGCAGCAAUGCGUACACAGCCAGUCAGUGAUGCAGCGGCAGCGAUUUGGGAAGAGAAAAGCACC